AUGGUUCAAAACCACUCAAAACACUACAUGAUCGUUACACCACGUAAUUAUGCCACAAUUUACAAAUGGCGGCUUGGGAAACGCUUGAUGUUGCUCUUUUACCAAAACAUCGUUGAAUUAUUGAAACUUAAAACUUCAUGGUCCUUCUAAAAUGUCACAAAGAGGAAGCAAUAGUGCAAGGAGUUCUCAUGCCAGCGACAAUAAUGGAGAUAGCACCUUACGGACAGAAAAUGACAUUACUGAAGAUUUGGAAAACACGACGGACGUUGAAUCUUCAACUUUGUUGACAAGCUCGGCUCUUUCUUCCACGCAAGUCGACAGUGAAGUGGAAAACAAGAUUACUAAACAUGAAAUCGAAAGAAAACAACUGCUGCAUGAUUUAGAACUUCUCCGUAUCGAAUUGAGUCAGAAAAACCUCAUCAUUGACAACAUGAAAGUUGAUCAUAUGAGCAAAGUGGACGAGUUAGAGGAACUCUUGGCCGAUACGCGACACGAUAAACAAAUCCUUCAGGCGAGGCUCGAGUCGCAGCUUAAACUGCAACAGGAGGAAUCUAAGAGUUCUCUUGAAAGAACGAGACAGGAAAUGGCGAAAAUCUUCAAACGACAACAACUACUGGAAUUCGAAAACAAAAAGUUACAAGAAAAGGCAGUGGAUUACAGAAGGGGCUUGAAUGAUCUAGAACAACUGUCUGAUGAAAAGUACUUGGAACUGAAAUCUACUGAGCCUGAACAACUCACCUUGAGAGAAUUUGUGAUGAUAAGAGUUUAUGAAGCCAGUCAUCCUCUGUUGCUGGAAUGUACAAGCCUUCAACAGCAAGUGGAAACUUUGACUCAUGAACUUCACACUAGAGAGGAAGAAGUUGCUUUUUACCGCAAGGAGGCAGAGGAUGAACGCAUGGGACGUGCAGAGAUGGAACACAGAGUACAAAGGUUGUCUCUUCAGCUGGAGAAGUUAAAAUCUCAAGUCAAUCAAGGGGAUUAUAAGAUCACAAACUUUGAUCAAGUCAGAAGUGAGCGGGAUACUUUGGAUAGAGACAUCAUGGAGUUAAAGAAGGGUAAUACACUGUUAGAGGCUGCAUUGAAGUCGAAGUCAGACAACUUACUUGAAGUACAAAAACAGUUACAGGUCAGUAAGCAGACUGUUGCCUUGCUGAAACAAGACAAGGACUACAUGAACAGACAGCUGCAGGAGCUGAGAGGCCGCUGUACUUUAGCUGAGGAACGACUAGAGCAGACAUCAAAACAACUUGAAGAGACCAAGCAGGCUAGAGAGGAGUUGUAUGAGAAGUACGUCAGUGUCCGAGAACAAUAUAAAUCAGAGUAUGAGGUGAGACUGAAGACUGAAUUGGAUGACAUCAAAGGAAAGACUUCCAUGGAACUGGACAAGAUAAGAAGUGACACUAAAGAUAUGUUUGAGAGAGAAAACAGGAAUCUUCGAGAAGCAAGAGAUAAUGCAUUGGAGGAAAAAGAACGAGCAUUUGCCAGUGAGAAGGAAACUGCCUCAAAAUAUGAUCUCUUGCAAUCAGAGUAUCAUCAAUUACAACUGACUGCUGACAGCAGGCAGUCCGAUUUGCAGAAAGAGAUCAGCGUCAAACAGUUUGAGUUGGAGAGACUGCAGAUGAUCCUUGAUGAAACAACAAAUAAUCUUCGUCAGGCAAAACUAGAGGCUGAGAAGUACCAGAGCAAAAGUGAGAUUUUAAAUAAAGAAUACUACAGUUUGCAAAACUUCUCAGAAAAGCAGCUUGUGGAACUGGAGUCAAAGUGUAAGGAGCAGGGAGACAAGCUGGCUGUUUAUGAGAAACUUGAGCAGGAGCUCGACGAUGUUAUCAUGCAGGCUGCAGAGAUUGAGAAUGAAUCAGAUGCUGAGCGUGUCUUGUUCUCUUAUGGUUAUGGUGCAAAUGUGCCAAGCACAGCCAAGAGGAGAAUGCAGCAGAGUGUUCACUUGGCACGCAGAGUACUUCAGUUGGAAAGGGCGAACACGUCACUUAGAAAUGAUAUGGAAAGAGAAAAGAAAAAGAAAGACUUACUUGGAAAAGAGCUUUCCAAGGCCACGUCACUGUUAAAUGAAGCUCAACAGCCAUACAACUACCUGAUUGAGAGUAUAAGAGCAAGGGAUACACAGAAUCAGAGUCUUAAUGAACAGCUAGCAUUAAUGGAGGAGGAGACAAGGAAGUUGAAAGCAGAAAAAGAGGACCUUAUAAAGUCUCGCAAUCAGUUGUCUUCAGACUUGGAAAGACUUCUAAACCAACGAGAGGAGAUGGCUGUGAUGAAACAAGCAAUUCUUGGUUUGCACUCAUCAAGAGGCUCAAAAUCACAAGUUACAAGGACUUCCACGGGUGUCCAUGGCCCUGAAUCACAUCUUAGAACUUCUGCAGCCCAAGAUACCUCAAGCCACGUAACUCAUCGACCCAGACCAACUAUGUUUACAAAGUCUGAUCCUCCAACAUGGUACAGAAAGUUAAAGAGUCAGAACCUAACUGGAAGAACAAUGCACGGGUGAGGACAUGGGGCUUUCUUUCAAUAGUUGUCACUAUUGUCAUAACAAUAGAGUCAAGCCUUUAUUAAGCGGCACCGUAUUAAUCGGUCAUCCUCUAUUAAGCGAUCAGGUUUCAAAGUCCCGAAAAUAUCUUCCCCAAUAACUAUAAUUUAGAGCUCUAUUUUAAAAGCGGUCACUUCUAUUAAGCGGUCGCGGUCAACAUUUGCGAAGUCUCAACGGGACUUUUUCUAUCGUCUUGACCUGUAUUUAACGGUCACACGGUGUCAAUUACUUGUUCAUACAGUUUCAAAUAAUGUAACACACGAGGUACAAGGAAUGAUUUCCUUGUUAAUUUUCGCAAAUCAUUGAAACGUCAGAAAAGAAUGUGUCUAAUUUGAGGCCAAAUGUCUUUUCAGCACUGGAGGUCGAAUUUUGUACUAUCACUAGUUUCCAGGCCAUGGUCAUUGCAAUGUUUUCUUGGCUGUCUUGGGCUAGACACCUAACUCACACAGUGCCUCUCUCCACCCAGGUUUGAAGGGUUGGGACUUCAUACCAAAAUUUGGUCUUGUUUUAAAUUUGUACAGCUUCAGUGAACAUGAUUGAAAAGUAGAUCACAUGCUUGA